AUGGCUACUGCUACUAACGAACGCGAAGACCAGGUUUAUAUGGCUAAGCUCGCUGAGCAAGCUGAACGUUAUGAUGAAAUGGUUUCCUAUAUGAAAGAUGUUGCCAAGCUCGGAGUUGAGCUUACCGUAGAAGAACGUAAUCUGCUUUCUGUCGCCUACAAAAAUGUAAUCGGUGCCCGCCGUGCCUCUUGGAGGAUCAUUUCAUCGAUUGAACAAAAAGAAGAAAAUAAAGGAAAUGAAACUCAAGUCACGAAGAUUAAGGCUUACCGCCAAAAGGUUGAGGCUGAACUGUCUGAAGUCUGCUCUGAUAUCCUCGCAGUCUUGGAUGAGCAUCUGAUUCCUUCUGCUGAAGCAGGCGAAUCCAAAGUGUUUUAUUAUAAGAUGAAAGGAGAUUACCAUCGGUAUCUUGCUGAAUUUGCUUCUGGGGAGAGACGAAAAGAAGCUGCCACUCAAGCUCAUGAAGCUUACAAGCAUGCCACCGAUAUUGCUCAAACAGAUCUUGCCCCAACUCACCCAAUCCGACUUGGUCUUGCUCUGAAUUUCUCCGUCUUUUACUAUGAAAUCCUCAAUUCUCCCGAUCGUGCAUGUCAUCUUGCCAAACAAGCAUUUGAUGACGCUAUUGCGGAACUUGAUACUUUAAGUGAAGAAUCGUACAAAGAUAGCACUUUGAUUAUGCAAUUGCUGAGAGAUAAUUUGACCCUCUGGACUUCCGAUUUGCAAGAUGAAGGCGAAAAGACCGAAGAGCCUAAAGUAGAAGCUGAAACCGAAGAACCUAAGUAA